GCCGGCGGCCGCGCGCUGAUGACGCAGCGCGGCGGCCCUAGCGACGCGGUCUCCAGGGAGCGGGCGCGUAGUAAUGACGCGAGGCGCGCCGGCCCUAGCGACGCGGUCUCCAGGGAGCGGGCCCGCGGCACGGCGGCAUGGACGCGACCACCGCCCCGCACCACAUACCCCCGGAAAUGCCCCAGUACGGGGAGACGUACCACGUCUUCGAGCUGAUGCAGAACAUGCUGGAGCAACUCCUGAUCCACCAGCCCAAGGACCCCAUCCCGUUCAUGAUCAAGCACUUGCAACAGGACAACGAUAAUGUGCCGAAGAUUGUGAUAUUAGGUCCACCCGCCUCGGGGAAAACAACCAUAGCGAUGUGGCUUUGCAAACAUCUGAGCACCAAUCUUCUCACGAUGGAAAACCUGAUCGCCAGAGAAUUUUCCUCGCUGGCUGCUGUUGCCAGGAAUCAUUAUCAGAACACGAAGAAACUGUCCAGCACACUGCUUGUCAGUCUGAUUCAGGAACGCCUGAAGGAGGAGGACUACGUCAGGCGGGGUUGGAUUCUGGAUGGCAUCCCUGAAACUCGGGAGCAGGCCCUGAUGAUCCAGACCCUCGGGAUCACCCCCAGACACGUCAUUGUGCUGAGCGCUCCUGACACCGUCCUGAUUGAGAGAAACUUGGGGAAGAGAAUCGACCCUCAAACGAGAGAGAUCUAUCAUACCACCUUCGACUGGCCUUCCGAAUCUGAAAUCCAGAACCGACUGAUAGUGCCGGGAGACAUCUCAGAGAUGGAGACGGCACGGAAGCUGCUGGAGUAUCACAGGAACAUCAUCAGGAUCCUCCCUGCUUACCCCAAAAUCCUGAAAGUCAUCAACGCUGACCAGCCGUGCGUGGACGUCUUCUACCAGGCUCUGACCUACGUCCAAACCAGCCAUCGAUCUAAUGCCCCGUUCACCCCGCGGGUGCUGCUUUGCGGGCCCGUGGGCAGUGGGAAAAGUCUGCAGGCGGCCCUCCUAGCCCAGAAAUAUGGCCUCGUCAACGUCCACUGUGGGCAGCUGCUGAAAGAGGCUGUUGCUGACGAGUCAAAAUUCGGCGAGCUCAUCAAGCCCUAUUUCCAGAAGGGGACGGCAGUCCCUGACAGCAUCAUCAUGAAGGUGCUGAGCCAUCGCCUGAGCCAGCAGGACAGCAUUCAGAAGGGGUGGGUGCUGCACAGCUUCCCGAGAGACCUGGACCAGGCGCACAUGCUGAACAGCCUGGGCUUCCAGCCCAACAGGGUGUUUUUCCUGAAUGUGCCAUUGGAUUCUGUCAUUGAGCGGCUGACCCUGAGGAGAAUCGAUCCCGUCACGGGAGAGAGGUACCAUCUCAUGUACAAGCCCCCUCCGACCGUGGAAAUCCAGGCGCGCCUCCUGCAGAACCCAAAGGAUGCGGAAGAGCAAGUCAAGCUGAAGAUGGAGCUGUUCUACCGGAGCUGCUCGGAGCUGGAGGGGCUCUACGCGCACGCCAUCGCCCUCAAUGCCGACCAGGACCCGUACACGGUGUUCGAACACAUAGAGAGCGGGAUCGUCAAUCCUCUGCCCAAGAAAGUCCCCUGAUGGGCUCCGAGCAAGGGGUGUCCCGCAGGGAAAUGAGUUAAUGCCCUCCCCGGCCGCCUGGGAGCUCAGUCGAGCCAAUAAAGAGUGCUGGGUGCAGUC